UAUAAACCCAACAAGAGGUGUGUGAGGUGGGCGGUUUCUCGGAUCAAACUUUGACGAAUUUGUUAAAUUUACGUACAGUCGCGUUGUAUGGCAGGGUUCAGAGUAUGCUUGAGAGACAAUUGUGAUGGACCUCCUUGCAGAAAACAAUGUAUGUGGGCAGGCAUUGCUUCGUUUAGUAGCAAGAGGAAAUGCUAUCAUUGCUGAACUGAUGAGACUGUCUGAAUAUGUUCCUCAGGUUUUCAGAUUAGAGACCAGGAUAGAACAACAGAAGUAUGGAGAUGUUGUCCUAGAUUUUACAUACUUGAAGGCUGCUGAGGGGUUUAACAAGAAGAUUGAAGAUUCACCUACCCUACUUGAUAUUGAUGAUGAAAUUCGUGAAAGCCACAGCAACAUCUUAAGCAGAAUUUAUGCUGUGUUUGAGAGCAUUCACCGAUAUGUGACUGACCUCAAUGGUUUCUUGCAAGAUCUUGGCGAGGGGAUAUUUAUUCAGAGGACUUUGGAAAAUAUGUUCACCAAUGAGGAUGGAAAACAGCUUAUGUGUGAAGCAUUAUACCUGUAUGGAGUGAUGCUGCUGGUAGUGGACACACUCUUCCCUGGCUUAGUGCGAGAGAGGAUCAUCGUUACCCAUCAUCGCCAUGCUGGCCAGAAAGCAAGUGACACCAAUAUAGAUGAUGUGUGCAAACUACUCCGAUCCACCGGCUUUUCUGCACUUCCUGGAAGCAAGAGACCUUUAAAUUAUCCAGAGGACUAUUUUAGGAGAGUUGAAUUACCCAGUAAUUACUUGAACCUUGUGUUGGGUCACUUAAGAUCAGAUGACAUCUAUCAUCAGGUUCAAGCCUACCCAUCACCUGAACAUCGUUCAGCUGCACUGGCCAACCAGUCAGCCAUGCUUUUUGUUUGUUUGUAUUUCAGCUGCUACGUCCAUUCUCAAAGGGUUGUAAUGAAUGCAGUAUCCCCCAAAGAGUUUCAUGGUCUGGAAUCAAGUGCAGGAGUGGUGCAGGCUGUGGGUGAGGUUGUUUCAGCCCUCCAAGCAUUGGUGCGUGUAGCAGGAGUGACAGAGGACAAUCUGAUCACCCUCUCUCUCAUUUCUGACCUCUCCUAUGCCUGGAUAUUGGUUGAUGAAUACACACCCAUCAUGCAGUCUGCUAUAAAAAAAGAUGCCUCCCAUGUGGCUAAGUUGCGAGCCACAUUCCUAAAGCUGUCAUCAGGACUGGAACUUCCCUUGUUGCGCAUCAAUCAAGCCCGCAGCCCUGACCUAAUCUCUGUUUCUGCAUACUAUUCUGGAGAGUUGGUUGCUUACGUCAGAAAAGUCCUCCAAAUCAUCCCUGAAACAAUGUUUGGUCUGCUGGCCAAGAUUAUCGGGCUUCAAACUGAGAAGAUAAAGGAGGUGCCAACACGUCUUGACAAGGAUAAAAUGAGGGAAUUUGCUCAGCUUCCAGAAAGAUAUCAGAUGGCAGAGCUUAGCCACAGUGUUGCUGUGCUGGCAGAGGGUGUGGCAAUGAUGGAGACGACCCUGGUGGGUGUGAUCCAGGUAGACCCUCGAAGACUGCUGGAGGAUGGAGUGCGUCGAGAACUUGUGUUUCUGGUUGCACAAAUAUUACAUGAUGGGCUUACAUUCAACACAAAGGUGAAGGGCAGUGAAUUAUAUAAACGACUCACACUUGUUGGGCAGAAAAUGACAGGUUUUCGAAUAUCAUUUGAGUACAUUCAAGAUUACAUCAGCAUGUAUGGACUGAAAAUUUGGCAGGAAGAACUGUCACGUAUUGUUAACUAUAAUGUUGAACAGGAAUGUAAUCAACUAUUAAAAAAGAAGAUCUCUGACCAUGAAAGCAUCUACCAGAGUGUGGCCAUACCCAUUCCUAAGUUCCCAUCAGGGGAUUCUCAGUCGGUAAACUUUAUUGGCAGACUUGUGCGGGAGAUUCUGCGAAUUACUGACCCAAAAACUACAGUGUACGUGUCUCAGCUGGGCACAUGGUAUGACAGCAAGACCCAUGCAGAGGUGCUUUCCAGCUCUGUUAUGGCAAAGGUUGAAUCAAGCAUCAGCACAGCUGGCUUGACAGGCAUGGAUAGACUGCUAGCUUUUCUUAUUGUUACUGAGCUACAGAACUUGGUUCGUGAAAUAGAGGUAACAUGCAAGAAAGAUGCUGGAGUGAAGGAGGUACUGAGAGGUAUAUCACCCCAGCUCAGUCCCAACACCCAAGUAGUUGCUCAGCCGCUGCGACAGUACACUGGAUGGGUUCAACGCACCAGCAAGUUGUCUGCUUCUUUAACUGACCGAAUUAUGCGUGUUGGUCAGAUGCAGAUCUUGAGACUACAUGCAGCCAAUCAUCUCAAUUCUUCCUGUAAAUUUGAUGCAAAAUAUCUUGCUGCUGCUCUCCACACCAUGAAUGAAUCACUCAUGACAGAUGUGAAACAGCACUAUUCUGAUCCCACUCGACCGUAUCCUGAUGAUGAUGGAGCACUCACAAAUGAGCUGAGUGUCUUCCUCGAGUGGUGUGGAAUGACUCAGCCUCUGGACAAGAUCUAUAUCACCACUUGUGCAUUGCCAGCACUGAGCACAAUCCUCCUCCUCACUGUGGUUGCUCAGAUUCCAAAAAUACAUUAUACUAAGUCACUGGGAGGACUAAUUGGCAUCAGAGGAACAGAGGGCAUAGAUGGUGAGCUUCUCAUAGUUGGCCUAGUUACACUGCUGCGGCAGUUCCAUCAAGACAACACGUUAAGAUUCAUCCAACUGGUGGCACAGUACAUUACUUCCCAUACAGCUCACAGUGCUGCAAGUGCUGGAAAGUCUGCCGAUUUAUCCCAUGAAGUCAUGACAGGCUUAGCAAUACUGCAGGAAGUUGCAAGAAAGAUGUCAGUUUCAAUGAAGACAUUGUCUAUAUAUGUACCUCAACACCUGCUAGCUGCACACAGUGGUUAAGGUACAUUAAUGUGUAUUAUUGGUUAUAUACUCAGACAAGCUGAACUGCCAUAGAUAUAUAUUAAAUUGUAAAUACUGAGAUAUAUUCACUUGAAUUAAUAAUGUAUGUACAUAAAUUUUUCAGCAAAACUAAAUAACCUAACCUGAUCUCAAUUAAAAAUAAUGUAUGUAUUUAAAAAAAAAAAAAAAAAAGUCCUGUUCAACUAAUCCAAGGAGAGCCUAAAUUUAAUUAAUCGAGUUACCCUCUGUGAUAUACUGUGUUAAUAUUAUCAUGGACAGUUUAAUUUUUGUGAAGUUAUUGCAACAGUAAAUGUAAGUUGUUAUUUACCAAAAUGAUUCUUGCUAAGGUAGACUUAAAAUAGUCAUAUAUAUUUGUUGAUGCUAUGUAUAUAUAUUAUAGCAAGUAAUUGAAUUAGUGUACUGUUAUAUAUUUUUUUUUUUUUUACACAUUGUAUAAGUUCUUUCGUGUUGGGUGACUUUUAGUACAGGUGAACAGUAAAUUAUUAGUGGUACUGUGAAUGACAUGUGCAUUGCUUAGUCACGUUAAGCUCUUGUUUACUUCUGACAUUGCCUGUCAAACUUAUGUUAAUAUACCACAUCCCAUAUCAAUAAUAUAUACAAAGAUGUCAACAUUAAUAAUUUUACUACAGUCACAAAAAAUGCUAAACCCACAUGGUUUUAGUGCUGUCGUAUGGGAAAUAGUUUGUAUUGUCAGUAAUUUUACCAACAUGAAGUAAAAGGACAAGUGCAAAUAAUGUGACAUUUUGUGCCAAUGUUUUGCUCUCCAGGAACUUUGUCAAGUCGUUAUUGCUUGACAAAGCUUCUGCUAAACAUUUUUGAAAAGUUAUUUUCAUACUAAUAAUGAAAAGACUGACAUACCAUUAAUAAAAAAAUGCACAGCUACAUAUAUCCCAUAUGUACAAGUACCUUUACUGUACACUGUUAUUAUACAUGUAUUCACAAAAAACUAAAUUCAUUUUGUUGUACUAUUUACUAUAUUGAAUGUACAGUAUUGUCGCCUGUGUAAAAAAGGCAGUACCUUAUUAUUUACGGGACACCAUUUUAUAUGGUUUAUAGAAUGCCUGAGAAAUGGGUGGUAGUAAGGUUUGAUUAAAGGGAAGAACAGGAGCAAUACAUACCUUUGAUCAACAGUCCCCCACCAGCAUCAAUGAACCUCCAUUGAAGGGUAUGGUUAUUUAAUACGCAAAAAAAAAAAAAGUUACCUUUUACAUUUUCAAUGGCAAAAUUAGUUUUAAUAAAUAAAUAUUAAACUAAAAUGUUGUAUUAUUAUAUUCCUGAGGUAUAACACCAACAGGAAUCUCAAUUGAGCUGUCCACUUUUCUGUAAUGUGAAACACUUCUGUAAUGUGAAGUAGACAGUAGUGUAGGGAGAACAUGUGCACUAAACCCAUAUAAGUUAUUCAGCUUCAAAGACUCUGUGACUUAGCAUUAUUUUCAAUUACAUUUCUAGCCUAUGAAAAAUUUUGAUAG